UAUAUGCGUUAGUAUGAACAUCAAUAAGCGUGUUUUGGUGAUUAUACGUUUUUGGAGGCCUCAUUGGGUUAAAUGAGAGGCGUGGAAAUAACUUAUAAAAUUCAUUUAAUGAUAGGGUGGCGCAAGUCGUUUAAUUUUUAAUUAGUUACGUAUAAAUACCAGAGAAUGAUUAUGAUGAAUUCUUAUACACUUUUAAUUCUUGGAACAUAUAUGAAGACCUUUACAAAAAUGACAAGUAACUAUAAUUAGAUAAGUGACAAAGUUGGCCGUUUGGCGCAACAGGUACAACAUUUGUCAACUAACGGACGAGGCCAGAUAAUUAUUAUCAAAUAUAAUUAAAGAAUAACUCUAUAAACAGACCACAAGAGAUCAAUAAUAUGGAUUUAUCGAGAGCUUAUAACGGAAGUGCUUUCUCAGAAUACUAUGGUGGUCAACCCCAAUAUUACCCUUCUGGGUUCACAGACCCAACCAGAGCCGCUUCAGCCUAUAAUAGUUAUGAUGUCUACACAGCGGCACGCACAUCGCUGGCAGCUGGGGCCGCUUAUGGAGCGGCAGGACUUAGUGUAAGUCAACCAGCCAGCCCCUGGUCAUCGUUAGCUACCUGGGACCCAAAGGUAGCUAGUUCACAAAUCACGGGCUGGUUAGCCACCGGAAAUGUCCAGGGAGUUGGUCAGGGGCAACCAAUGAAACGUAAACGUAAAACAACACCCUCUCAAAGAAUGGCAGCUAAUAUAAGAGAACGGAGAAGAAUGUGUAGUUUAAACACCGCGUUCGAACGUCUACGACGGAGGGUUCCCGUGUUCCCUCAUGAAAAACGUCUCUCAAGAAUACAAACGCUACGUCUAGCUAUAACGUACAUUUCUUUCAUGUCGGAAUUGCUCACUGGGCAAGAUAUGAACACGAUGAUGAAGCAAACGAUUACGGAACAGAAACCUGUUGUUUGGCAACCAUAUGAUGAUACCGACGACGCUGAUCUGACCGAUAGUUCACCUCCACAGGGUAACACUCCAACAAAUGGGUAUAUAGACACAAACCAGCAAAUCUAGUCGUAAAGAAAAAAACAAAAAGUAUUUAAUAAUUACUUACAAAAUGUGGUUCUGUUAAAUAAAAAAUUAAAAUGCUUUCCCAUCCGCCUAAAAAUUCAAUGCCGUUUGGAUUCAGUGAAACAUUGUUAUAUCAGUAGGCAUAUGAAAUCCAUUUCUAUUUUAUUUCUCAAAAAGGUUGCAUGGCGAUUCAGUAAUAUUGCGAUAAAUUAUUUGUGUCAAUCUAUUUUGUAUAAAUGAAGAUUUAUCUAACUGAGACGUUUUGUUGCAGAGUUAUAUUUUUAUUUUGACCAUUCCAAUAUGAGAGUCUGUGUGAAGUUAUCUCUCCAACUUUAUUUCACAAAUUAGUAUUGAUUGAUUUAAUAUAUUAGGAUAUUGUAACACUUUUUAUAAUUAUUAAUUAUAAUUUUAAAGAGAAACGGGCAUCUUGUGAUUGUAUUUGUUGUUAUAUGAUUGUUUUUCUCCAAGAAAAAA